UUUCAGAUGGAGGAAGAUCGAUUGGGAAUGUCGAUAACAGGUGAUGUUGCUGAGGUCAUGAAGGAUACAAAUGGUGUUAUCGGUAUAUCAAUCGGUGGAGGUGCACCAUAUUGUCCUUGUAUCUACGUGGUGCAGGUUUUCGAGAAUUCACCGAUGGCUUUAAAUGGACGAAUUCAAGCUGGUGACGAAAUUGUUAGUGUUAACGGUAUUCCGGUAAAAGGGGAAAAUAAAACGGCAGUUGCAAAGAUGAUUCAAGAAACGGAGGGAUCUGUUAAGCUUGGAUUCAAUGUCCUUCAUGCUGAAAUAAUAGACGGACAUACAUUAGGUAUAGCAUUGAAGAAGAUGAAACAUCGUGUGGUAGAAUCAAUAACUUCCGAAACCGCUGAUGCAUUGGGAUUAUCCCGAGCAAUUUUAUGCAAUGACCCUCUGCUUCAGAAGUUGAAUCGUUUGGAGCAAUGCUCUCAAUUGUACAAGAAACUCAUCAAAUAUCUCAGUGCUUUACUCAAUUCUCACUAUCAUAUUGCCAGAACUCAAAAAGAAUUCGGUGAUUUAUUCUGCGAAAUAGCAGCACGUGAAAGCUCUACAACAAUCAAUAAAGCACUAUCAACAUUUGGCAAUACACAUCGAGUCCUUGAAAAGCAUACUAUAAAGUUGGUAAAAAGUUUGCAUCCAAUAGUGCGUGACCUGAACACAUUCGUCAAAAAGGCAAUUCCAGAUACCAAACUAACUCUCAAGAAAUAUCUGGAUGCCAAAUUUGAAUAUUUAUCAUUUUGCUUAAAGUUGAAAGAAAUGGACGAUGAAGAAGCAGAGGCAGCUAGUUACGAUGAACCGCUGUAUCGUGUUGAAACGGGUAAUUAUGAAUACAGGCUAAUGCUGCGUUGCCGACAAAACAGCUAUGAAAAAUUCAUGAAGUUACGAAAGGACGUUAUGGAGAAGUUGGAAUUAUUGGAUCAGAAACAUGUGCAAGACAUCGGCCUUCAGUUGUCAAGUUUUGUGAAAGCCACAAUGGAAACACAUGCAGAAUGUCGAGACGCUAUUUCUGAAGCAAAUGGAUUAUUUCCGAUUGAUAUUGACCUUGAACAAAUCGUUCAUCGAUACAAUACCAGCGGUCAACUAGAUGAAGAAGAAGAGGAAGAGAAUGGUAGGACGGAUACAAUGGAGGAGUCAAAACUUGAGGACCUGCUGGAUUUAUCGUGACAUGCAAUUACCUGACUCCUAAACUUCAGAUUCUGAUAGAAUUCAAGAUGCAGAAUAAUUGUUUGUUGUACAUGCUCAAUUAGUUUAAAUGCUGGAAGAGUUGAACUUUUUAUCUAUGCUGGUUUGCAACAAAAAAGUAAAAAAAAAGUAAUUAGAAGAGGAACGCCUACUAAGAUUCAUUUUGAUCCAACUGAGAAUCUCAGCAAUGGGAAACGGCUUUAUCUUCAUGUAACGAGUUUGACCAACGAUUCUCUUUUGCUGUUCUGAAUGUUAUUAUUCCAUCACGUUUAUAAUUGUCGCCUGCCACGAAUGCAAGGAUAUGCUAUUCAUGUGAGGAAGUUUCGCAUGCAAAAUUAUUUUACAUACCGUAGGAGUGAAAUACAUUUCAAAAUGCGCACAUAUCUUUCAUCCCGCGAAAACCGUUUGUCUUUCUUCAAUGAAUAUUUUCA